AUGGCGACUUUAGCGAGUUCCAACGGAGAGCCAAAGCCCAAUGCUGAGCUUGUGGCAAUUUCAGGCAUGGGGUGUCGAUGGCCCGGCGGCGUGGACUCUCCCCGUCAGAUGUGGUCCUUCUUGCGGAGCCAGGGGUCCGGCUUCCGCCCCUUCGACUCUGCAUCUACGCCGCGAUGCUUCUCAGCCGCCGGGUUCCAUCAUCCGAACCCAGGGCGGCCUGGCACGACGGCCACACAGGGUGCGUUCCUCAUCGAUGGGGAUCCACGGUUGUUCGACAACGCCUUCUUUGGUAUCACGGGGCGCGAGACCGAGACUCUUGACCCCUCGCAGCGUAAGCUACUCGAAGUUGUAUACGAAGCAUUCGAGAACGCUGGCGAGACGUGGACUUCCGUCGCCGGAUCAAACACGGGAGUUUUCGUCGGAAACUUCGCCCUGGACCACUGGGUAAUCCAGACGCGUGAUUGGGAUUAUCCCAAGCCGUAUUCGACAACGGGGGCGAGCGCGAGCGUAUUGGCAAAUCGAAUCAGCCAUAUUUUUGACCUACGAGGACCGAGCGUCGCCGUUGAUACGGCUUGUUCUUCAUCCAUGUACGCAGUCCACUUAGCCGUCAGCGCGAUCCGCAACGGAGAUUGUGACUCGGCUAUCGUAGCAGCGUCGAACUGGAUCGCGGAUCCUAGUCUACAUAUCGCACUCGAUAAACUGGGAGCUCUCUCUCCUACCUCAAGGUGUCACACGUUUGACGCAUCUGCCGACGGAUAUGCCCGUGGCGAAGGGUUCGCUGCGCUAUAUCUUAGACGGCUACCAGUGGCAGUAACUAGCGAGUCACCUAUCCGCGCUGUGAUCAGGGGCACCGCCGUUAAUGCAAACGGUCGCACUGGCGGAAUUACGCGCCCCAGUACUGCUGGCCAGGAGGCUGUGAUCCGUAAAGCAUACGACAAUGCCGGGCUCCCAUUCUCGAAUACCACGUAUAUCGAGUGUCACGGUACGGGUACCCAAGCGGGAGAUCCGAUCGAGUUGGCGGCCGUCAGCCAGGUCUUCUCGUCCGAUAAAAGUCUAGGGGCAGAUAGUCUCGGCCCUCUAUUCGUCGGCUCUGUCAAAACCAACAUGGGCCACGCCGAAGGGGCAAGUGCUCUAGCAGCAAUUAUGAAAAUUGUGCUCUCUUUAGAAGCAGGCGAGAUCCCUCCAAACGUUGGUGUUAAAGUGUUAAAUCCAAAUAUUGAUUUUACCAAAGCCAGAAUAGAAGUUGCCAAAGAGGUUAUAGCUUGGCCCGAACAUAGACUUCGUAGGGCAAGCAUUAACUCGUUUGGGUUUGGAGGUGCCAAUGGUCACUGCAUUAUCGACCAUGCCAGUGUCCUCUCCCUCGAACGUGUAAGAUCUAGUCUUCGUGUGAGCUUGAAUUCUAAGCUCAACGGUCACACCCUCAAAGGCUACCCCAAUAACGGCCAUGGUUAUGAAGCAGUCAAUAACCACCAAGGUCUCAACGGAAAUGGGGAACAUAAUCUAGAAGAGCAAAUCCAUCGCCAUCAUCCUAUCAUCAAAGCCCCAAGCAUGGCAAGUACUACCAAUGCUACCACGCGGCAACUCGUGUUACUCCCCUUCUCCGCACAUAACAAGUCUUCUCUUCAGCUUAAUAUAGACGCCCUUUCACUCGAUAUAUAUCAACACCAACUCGCAGAUGUGGCAUACACACUCAGCGCCAAGCGUUCCAACUUGCCACAUAGGGCUUUCCGCGUCGUGAACAGGGACAAUCCCGUGCCGGGUCUACUCAGCGUGGAAAGCAAGCCGGGUAUUCAAGCAAGCUCAACCCAUCAGCAAGAUCAGCGACCAGCAAACGUGGCAUUUGUAUUUACUGGCCAAGGCGCCCAAUGGCAUGAAAUGGGCCUACAGCUUUUCGAGUACCGCGUAUUCCGCAUCGCCAUCGAGCAUCUCGACUAUAUCUUAAAGUCACUACCGACGCCUCUGUCCGCAUGGUCAAUCACUGCCGUCAUCAAGGGCAACUGCGACCCUGGAAUUAUACAGACGCCAGCGGUAUCCCAGACUGUCUGCACAGCAGUUCAGAUCGGGCUGGUUGACCUGCUCGCCUCGUGGUCUAUCCGCCCCGUAGCCGUGGCCGGCCACUCUUCAGGCGAGAUAGCUGCAGCAUAUGCUUCAGGACACUCUACAGCUGCAGACGCGAUAGUAUCAGCGUACCUACGCGGUCAGGCUAUCGUGAAUGAUAAGCAAGAAGGGGCAAUGAUAGCCGUAGGUCUCGGGCCGGACCAGCUUCGGGAUUCGGGAUACCUACACGAUGAGGAUCCUAGAAAUGGUCGAAUGCAGAUUGCCGCUGUCAAUUCCCCCGGGAGCGUCACUGUUUCCGGGGAUGCGCCGGCUAUCGAGGCGCUUGCUGCCCGCUUGAGCGUCGACGGGGUCUUCAACCGUUUAUUGAGAACGGGAGGCAUCGCGUAUCAUUCGCAUCACAUGGUUGCGCUGGGUCAAGGGUACGAAGAGAUGCUUCUUCGUGGAUUCCAGCAUAUAAGACAGUCCGGAUUAGUUGACGAGCAGAAACGGUAUCCUCAUGUUCCGUGGAUGUCGUCCGUUAUCCCUGACAAAGAUCCUCCAUCGAGUAUCGCUGAUAGCGCUGCGUACUGGAGAGCUAACCUCGAGUCGCCAGUUUGCUUUUCCGAUGCCGUAUCAAAUCUAAUCAGACUAGACGCAGCACCUGGCCAUGAUCCUAUCAAAGUGCUAGUUGAGAUUGGGCCUCACUCGGCAUUAAAGGGACCACUAGAACAGAUCCUGAAAAGUACAGGCCAGACCCAGAUCGCGUAUGCCGGCUCUACUCUGAAGAGAGGCGAAGAUGCUCGGAAAUCGAUCCUUCAGCUCGUUGGGACACUUUAUUGUCUCAACGCUCGGGCAAAUCUAGUUGCUGUCAACGCGGUCGACAACGACGAUGGCCACUUGUAUAGAGAGUCAAACGAUAAAUGUGCUCUCAUUCAUGGGUGUACCGCUGUUGAUCUCCCGCCAUAUAAGUAUACGUAUGGGCCAAUAAACUACUAUGAGUGCCGCUCAAGCAAAGAAUACCGUCUCCGGAAAGUCCCACGACACGACCUACUUGGUUCCAAGGUCCCCGGCGUUGCAAAGUUGAGGCCUCAGUGGCGAAACGUACUGCGUAUGAAGGACCUGCCUUGGCUGGGUGACCAUCGAUUAUUACCGGACGCUGUUUUCCCUGCCGCAGGAUAUAUUGCUAUGGCUAUAGAAGCCGCCCUGCGUGCGUAUGAAGAGUAUCCCCAACCACAUCCUAAGCCGACAGGCUACACCCUACGCAAUGUGUCCAUCAACACAGCCCUAAGGAUACCAGAAGAUGACCAUGGUAUUGAAGUCAUCUUAAGUAUGGAGCUCGACGCUGCUUCGACAGCAUCGACUUCAUGGGCACGCUUCUCUAUCAGCUCUGCCGGACAGGCCGAUGUCAAUUCCAUCGAUAGCACAUGGACUGAGCACUGCACCGGUAUGGUCAAGAUAGAAGUCGGAACCUUGUAUGACAAUGCCGAGAAGAUCGAUACAUCAUCCAUGGAUGCCCGCCUAAUCGAUGCACGAUCUUGGUAUAGGACUUUUACAGCUAUCGGGCUUGGAUACGGCCCAACGUUCCGAGCAAUCACAAAUAUUCGCGCUGAUCCGGACAAGAAGCUCGCCUCUGCCACUUUCAUUUUUCCAGACUAUAUCAAGGAUGGUAUCAAGGAUGGAGACCCCGGCACUGCCGAGGUCGUUGCACUAGGUGAAUUCCGUGGCCUCAGGGGUGCGUAUAUAAACCAGUUACAGAUGCUAGGACAAAACGGCGACGUGGUUCUUGAUAUCGAAAAGCUCCGAUGUAUCAGCUAUAUCGGCGAAACACAAAUCAGCGAUCAGACUAAGAGUGGUAUACAGCCGGCAUUCAGUGCCCCUUUUGCACGGAUGGUGUGGAAGCCCGAUUUUCGCUCCUUGAACUACCAGUCAUGUCGUACGCUAUUCCCUCCGCCUAGAGAAAACAUAGAUCGUCUUGCUUCCAUAGAGAAGUUGAACAUGAUGGCUUCUGUUAUCCUUGUGGACGUAUAUGAAACAUUCGCGAAAGGUAAUGAUGAGACCAAGCCAUCACCUACGCCGUCGGGGAAUACAGGCCACUUUUUCGGAUGGAUUAAGCGGUGCGUUGAGGGAGCUGAAAUCUCCGAGAUAACCAAAGCUAAACAAUUGUACCCCCUGGAGCGGCAUGAAAUAAUUAACCAACUCUACCGAGAAACCAAGGAGACCCCCGAGACCCAGAUAGCCAAAAGGCUACAUGAAAACAUGGCCGAUGUUCUCUUUGAACGCCAUACUGGUAUCGACAUCAUAGUCCACGGCAGCGAUAAUAUUAACCUCCUAACAGAGCUAUAUCAACGCGGCAUCUUCAUGACAAGCGCAUACCCGCAGCUGUCGCGAAUCUUAGACAGUCUAGCCCAUGCAAACCCACAUAUGCGAAUUUUGGAGCUUGGAGCUGGGACCGGCGGCGCUACGCGUGUUGCCAUGAAAGCGCUCACAGGACCCAACAGUAUUAAGCGCUACCGCGAAUAUGUCUUCACCGACAUCUCGCCUGGUUUUCUAGCUGCAGCGCAGACAUCUAUGGCCGAAUUUCACGAUAUCAAUUACUCUGUCCUAGACAUAGAGGCAGAUCCCGCAGCGCAGGGCUACCUACCUGUAUAUGACGUCGUCUUGGCCUCGCAGACUUUGCAUGCGACGACCAGCAUCUCUGAAACGCUCAAGAAUUGUCGGAAACUUCUCAAGCCGGGAGGAAAGCUUCUACUAGUGGAAACCACCACAACGGACAGCGUAAUCAUUGGGCUCCUCCUAGGUACAUUGACUGGAUACUGGCACGGAAUACCUGACGGUAGGGUAAACGGCCCAUUCGUAAACUUGGAAACAUGGGAUAAUGUCCUAAAAGGAGUAGGCUUUUCUGGUACUGAACUGGUGUUGGAUGACUACCCUCCGCCAAACAAUGUGACCACUACCCUGGUCUCGACGCUUAUGAAGAGCGAUAGCGCACAUCAAAAUAAUAAGAAAACAAACGGAGUAUUAGCAGGUGUCGAGGUUCAACUUCUCCACAGUCUUGAACAUAAUCCACCGCUUCUUAAUAGACUCCAACAUGUGUUAGAACAGCGUGGCAUAUCACCCCAAACCACAUCGCUCGACCAAGCAUCAGAGACAGUAUCUCAAGACGCCUAUGUAGUGGUGUUCUUGGACGGCGAGAAGGAUUUUCUUCUCGAUAGUGAAGGGCAUCACCUUGCCACGUUUCAACACCUCGCGCGUAACGCAGCGACCUUGAUCUGCUUAACGUUCUGUGGUUUUUCAAGAGGUCGAAACCCCGAAGGGGCAUUGAUCCCCGGACUAUUACGGACGAUCGGGACAGAGAACCCAGCGAAUCGAUUUAUCUCAAUUGAUAUUUCCGUCGAGGAUUCCGAUCUUGCCACAUACGACUCUAAAGAUCUCACCCGCUGCGUAGUGGACCAACUUUUCCCGCCACCCAGCGAAUCUAAAGAUGGCGAAGAGAAUGAGAGUCUUCGAAUGAACGACUGCGAGUACGUCUGGCAAGACGGCUGUCUCUGGAUCAGCCGGGCUGUGCCUGAUGACACUCUUCGGCCAUACGCAGAAACAUCACCUAAUGAGAGCCGAGCCCAACAUAACGAGACUUUAUCGUUGCAACCACUCGACAGUCAAGGUCCCAUUCGCGCAGCAUUCUCUAAGCCAGGCUUGCUCAGCUCUUUGUACUUUAGGCCCUACAAGGAGCUAUUAUCACCGAUACCAUCGAAUUACAUCGACGUCAAAGUUGCAGCAGUAGGUCUCAACUGGAAGGAUCUCGCCGUCUCGUCUGGUCGUUUUGACGCCGGUAAUCUAUCAUCCGAAUAUGCCGGCGUCGUGACAGCCGUGGGUACCGACGCGGCCGGCUCGUUUAGCGUCGGCGACCGCGUAUACGGCAUGGGCCGCGGUCACUUUGGGAACUACACUCGUGUCCCGGCUGCGUUUGCGCAAAAGUUAAGCGCUCAGGAUAAUCUUGUCGAAGUUGCGACUAUGCCCUUGGUGUACAUCAGACAGCUGUCUACGCUUUUGACUAUGUUGCUCGCUUACGGCAAGGACACAAUGUCCUUAUCCAGUCUGCCACUGGCGGAUUAG